AGUGGUUCAUUUCAGUUAUUAUGCGAAAGAUGAGUGAUGCUUUACGACCUCAGGUCUGUGUGAAAGGAUGAGCAAAGUUAAUGCUAACAGUAGUACUUCUAAUAAUACUAGUAUUGGUACAAGGCGUGUAAUUAUUUGGCUUAAAUAUUUAAACAAGUGGAACAUUGAAGUAAUUAUGUCGUUUUGGGUUAUGUCAUGUGUUUUAUUGUUCUUCAUCUUCAUUUCCUCUCCUGUUUACAGCGUUUCAGGAUCUCCUAAAACGGAAUUAACGUACGCUGAUUAUUAUGAAGCUGGAGUGGAGGCUUACUUGGACAAUAGGUGGAAAGAGUGCAUUAAUUUUUUAGAAAAGAGUUUGAAAGAAUAUUCCUUACAUAGAUCAGCAUUAGUAGAAUGCAGAAAAAGUUGUCGAAAAAAGGAUUUUGUUUUGAGAAGUGGUGUUUAUCAUGAUAGAGGAACAAUGUUUAUGGCUUUUUAUGAAGAAAUUAUAAAAAAUGCUUUAUGUAUAAUGAAAUGUUACCAUCGAUCUAACUCUCUCUAUGUUCGAUCAGUGGCAGUGGCAAAGGAAACCGAACAGAAUUUUGAAAACAAAAUGCCUUAUGAUUACUUACAGUUGUGUUAUUUUAAGGAGGAACAUAUUGAAAAAGCAGCAUCUGCAGCUUACACCUAUCUUCUUCACAAUAAAGACCAAGAAGUCAUGAAAAAUAACUUGAAAUACUAUUUAGAGUUGCCAGGAAUGGAUGUCACGAAACUCAAUUAUUUGGAAGCUAAAGAGUAUCAAGAACUUUAUAUCAAAGCUGGUAACAAGUAUUCUGAAGGAAAUUAUGGGGCAGUGGUUGAACUGAUGGAACAGGCCUUAAUAGAAUACCAGAAAGCUUUAGAGGAAUGUCGCUUUUUGUGUGAAGGGGCCAUAGAAUCUUCCCCAGAAACUGAACUUGUUCUUUCUAUUGCAAAUUUUUUUACAUCUUCAUUGCGUUGUAAGGUGGAUUGUCCAGAUAAGCUGAGUGUUAUUUAUGGAGAAAAGAAUGAGGAUUUCUUACCUAGCCAUUACCAUUACUUACAGUUUGCAUACUUUCAUAUCGGAAAGGUACGAAAAGCUUGUGAGGCUGUAGCUUCCUACCUGUUGCUCAUGCCUGAAGAUCCCAUCAUGAUAGAAAACAAAGUGUUUUAUUCAAAGUUGAAUGAGGUUCAAGAGGAGUGGUUUGCUCCAAGACAGGAAACUGUGAAUAUAUAUCACGAACAAGAGAGAGAAAGAAGUUUACUUCAGUUCAUUGAAAAUGAGUUUAUAUUUCAAGAUGGGGAUAGCUUUCAAAAUGAAUCUAGGGAUGAAGUCCAGAAUGCCGUGGAAAACAUGCAGACUGACAGUAAUAGUACCAACACAGGUUCUACGGGAAUGAAAAAAGAACAUCAUAAAAGAUCAGCACAGGAGAUCCAGUUUUGGACAGAGUCAAACAAAAUACAAGUGAUUCUACAAGAAAAAGACCUUAAUGGAACACUUAGGUUUGCUGCUGAUGGACUGCUGACAAAUGAACAGUGUGAAAAGUUAGUCAUUCUUGCCAAUGAAGGAGCUGUAAAUGGUGAUGGCUAUAAUGGAAAACAAUCACCACAUACUGAGUUUGAAAUGUUUGAAGGAUUAACUGUAGGAAGAGCUGCUGUGCUUGCUAAUAAUGGAGAACUCGAUGUUGAGACGGUGAUUCUACUUCUGAAUGUUAGUGAAAAAGCACGGAGGUUUGUUGAGAUGUAUUUUAAGCUGGAGUCUAGCCUCUACUUUGCUUAUACACAUUUAGUAUGUCGUAGGCCAGUACCAGAUUCUCCUGAGAAGCGGAAGGACUUAAGUCAUCCAGUUCAUGCUGAUAAUUGUGUUUUAUUGACUGAUGGACGUUGUCUUAAAGAAAGGCCUGCCUAUACCUGGAGAGACUACAGUGCCAUUGUAUAUUUAAAUGAUGACUUUGACGGAGGAGAAUUCAUCUUUGCAAAAGACAAAGAAACUGUUCAAGCUAAAAUUCAGCCCACAUGUGGUCGAAUGGUUGGAUUUUCAGCUGGUGUGGAAAACUUGCAUGGAGUUGAAGCUGUCACUAGGGGUCGUCGUUGUGCCCUAGGUAUGUGGUACACCCUAGACUCCAAGCACAAAGAGGGAGACCGAGACUUUGCUGAGCAGGUCUUACACAAAUUAGUGGUAAGAACUUCAGAAGAAGAAAAUCAAGGUGAAAAAACAAAAAUACAUUUUGAUGAUGAUAAAAAAUCCCCAAAAAAUCAACAAAAUAAUGAAAAUGAAGAUAAUGUAUUCACUUCCACAAAUCAUCUAAAUCCUCCCCCUGUGACACAGGAAAGAAAACAAGAUAAAAGAAGAGACCAACAAAUUCAUGAAGACCUAUAAUAGUUCUUCGAGGAUAUAUUUACCUGGGAAAAUCAAACUUGGAAGCCAUUAUUCCAAAAGAGUGAAGAUAUUAUCAGCUAUGUAUUAUUCUUCUAAACAUUAUGAACUAUUACUCCAAAGAUAUUUUUUAAAGGUAAAAAUUUUAUUUUGUAUUUAAGCUCACCAGAUUUUAUGAAUAUGUUUUAAAGUUGAAAAAAUUUGUCUUACGCCAUCUGCCAAGUGAACCAACACUAAAUGAAGUACAAAGUCUCAGUUAUACAGCCUCUGCAAUGCCGUAACUUUGAAACUUUAUUUUCACAUAUGAAUAUAAACUGUAAUAGCAAAUAAGUAUAUAAAUGUAGAAUAUAAAAAUACUAUUCAUGGAAUGAAAAUACAAAUAUGGGUACACAAAAAUUUUAUUGUAAUAGUAAUGUUUUGAGGAUAUUUUUUAUUUUCUGUGUACUUACAUUUUGAAAUCAGUAAUUGAUUCAAAAUUUAUUCUAAAUGCAUUUAGCUAUUCUUGACACAUUUACUGAAAGGGAAUACAGAUUUUGCCUCAUGCAUGUAAAAGUUACAUGAAAAGUAAAACUUUUUCAAAAGCUUACAAAAACGAUACAUUAGUCGGUUUUCAAACACUGUACAUUGUCCAAGAUCAGAUUUUCACUGUAUGUAUACUCUUUCAAACUUUAAAGUUGUAGAAUGAACUACUGACCUAAAUAAUGUAUGAGAUUUUGUACUAAGUUUAUGUUAUUGAAAGCAUACAUUCACGUUUACUUUAUCCACUCUUUUUAUGCCUGUGAAAUAAUUUUGUAAACAUUUUAUUAAUAUUUUGGUAUGGAUUUUAAAUGUUUUGUUGACAUUGAGUAGCCAUGAAAAUAUAUAAAUUUUUUAUAUGAUUACAAUAUACCCCUUCUUCUACCCCCAGUUGUUUUUUGUAGCAUUUAAUUUUGACUUGUGAUUAAAAUACAGCAAUCUCUAAGACAUUUUAAUCUUGUCUCUUGAUGGUAUUGCCUUUAAUUUUGUUUUAUUUCUAUAUCGUAAUGAAUUAUAUUAAAAACUAAAAUGGUGUUAAACGCAAUACUUGUCUAUAGAGUUAAAUGUUACUUAUUUCAUGAUAAACUCUGUGCUUACCUUAAAGGUGAGCAAUCACUUCUGGUUUUCAGAAAAUAAAAAAGUUAUACGAUUCUAACUUGUCAAAUAUUUAUUAAUCUUGAAGCAUAACAAAAAAGUAUACCAUGAAAUUCAAAAUUGAUUACAGUUUUGCAAACUUUAAAAAUUUUAACUUUAUAAAAUGUAUUGUUUAUAUAAAUGUUGUUUAUUAAAAAGCAAUAAUAGAUCAUAGAGCAACUCUAAUCUAUCUGCUUUUAUAUCUCUUCAUUAAACACAGUUAUUAUUAUUUUGUAGGUAAAUCCAAUAACUUUCUAAGUAAUUCUUUAGGAAAUUAUUUUAGAUUAAAAACAAAAAUCAAAUGUUUCAUCCAACAGUAUAUUUGUGAAUAAUUAUUCAAUAUUUUAAUUUAGCUUGCAUAUAAUAUAGAAAUUAAAGGUUUUUAAAAGAUUUGAAGAAACACUUCUAGAGAAGGUUAUUUCACUCUGGAUAAUGACUUGUUAGAAAGAUUUUCUCAGGUUUUUGUUAACCAAAAAUGUAUAAAGAAUAUUUUUGUAUUCUAUUAAUGAAAACAGAUUUCUUCUUGAAUGUGUUUUAAUGCUACAUAUUUUAUUACAUUUAAGUAAUUCAGCCUUUGAUAUUUUAAAAACUGUAUUAGAAUAUUCAAUGAUAGUCUGGGUCACAUACAUUGCCUUGAACAGUCGGAUGGGAAUAUUAUAUCAGAGUAAGUUAUGAAAGUUAAGUUUGAUUAUUUGAAAAAGAAAAAUUCAUUAAUACUGAAAUUUUGAUAAUCUUUAUAUGACUUGUGAUAUAAAGAAAUUGUAUUUUUUAUUUCUUCUGAAAAACGUUUUUGAGCUUUUCAAACAUAUUUCACUGGCAUUUCAGUGUUUAUUAAACACUGGUGAUUUGUUUCAAAAACUUGAAAUCACAUGUUUUCUUUAAUUAUGAUAAUAGUUUAUUAAAAAAUGAAAAUAUUUAUGUAUUACUGUGACCUGAAAUCAUCUAUAAUCCAUUAAAAAGCUAAGGUUAAGCAUGUUGAAUAUGAUCUAAGGAAUAUGGAACUCUUUAAAUAUUAAAUCUCAUCACCUCAGAGGUUUUAAGGGGUUAUUUUAGGUGAGGAGAACUUGGAUUAUACAACAUAAGUUAUGUCACUAUUUUACUAUCCUUCUAGUUGCAAGUGCUAGAGUUUGAAAUUUCCUCCCUUACUGUUAAACCUUAAUUAAUUUAAACUUUCAAGUUGGAUAUAGAAAACAAAGUGUAAUUGAACUUUAGUAUCAAAAGGUAGAGGUAUUCUAACUGUAUGUUUCUGUUUCUUCUUGGCACAUUCUUAGUGUAGCAUUUUAUUUAGCUUUUUCAAGUUCAUGGGUGCCCACAGAAACAUUUUCAGGGGGAUGGAAAACAUGUAUGUAGGGGAUCAGCUUUUACGGUGUAGGUCAACUGGCUAAAAGAAAUUUACAGGUUUAAUAGAAAUUGCUAAAAUAUUUAGUUUAACUGUGAUGUUAAGUUUACAUCAGAUUACGUGCAAUUUUUUUAAGAAAUGUGAGAGGGGCAAAUGCCCCCUCUUGCCCCUUCCUGAGGGCACCCAUGUUCAAGUUUCAAUUUUACUUAUUGUGAAAUAAGAUGUUAUGAUAAUUUGUUGCUAAUAGAAAAAUUAAUGAAAGAGAAUCAAAAUUUGUCACUAAAAAAAAGAAUGAGUUUCUUCAGAUUAAUUCCAUCUUCCAUGUGCAAUAAUAGUAUGUUUUCUAGAAUUUUUGAUAUUUGCCUAUUGUUGAAAUAUGUUCUGUUUGUUAAUGACUAUGUAUUUAUGUAUAUUAAAAUUGAAGUUCCCUAGAUUCAAAUGUUUAUGUCAGAGUUGAAAAUUUUCCCAUUUAAUAUAAUUGUUUUUUUUUCGGAGCAUAGGUAGGCUAGCCCUGUGGUAGAGCUGUGAAUUUCAGAGUUGUUGACUCUGGUUCAUGUAUAUUAAAAUUUAAGUUCUCUAGAUUCAGAUAUUUAUGUCAGAGUUAAAAUUUUUUAUCUAAUAUAAUUGUUUCUUUUGUGGAGCAUAGGUAGUUGGCCCUGUGGUAGAGCCGUGAAUUUCAGAGCUGGUGACCCAGGUUCAAAUCCGUGCAAUACCACAAAGUAUUCCAUGCACUUUAAGGUUUGGGUGCAUUAUAAGUGUGACACUCAACCCCAUAGCAUGAAUGAUAGUUGAUGGGUGCUGUUGGCUGGCUGUCUUUCCUCUGCUCAGUAGUUAAGAAGUAGAGAUGGCAGCAAGUAGCCUUAAUAGAUUUGCCAUAAAUACAAAAAAUACAGUUUCUCUUGCAACGAAGGAAAUAGCUUUCAUAGGCAAAAUAAAAAGUAUUUAGAAUUCUUGCAAUUUUCAGUUGUUAAUUAUAGAGAAAGUUGAUAAUUAUUUCUGCCAAUUCUGAAAUGUGAAUCACAAAUGGAAGAUUAUUUUACUGCUUCUAAAUUUUACGAGGACUACAUUUACAGAUAUUGUAAAAUUCAGUGAGAGAUCAUAGAGGAAGAAACUAGUUACAAAUCUGAGCUCAAUCUGACCUUGGAAUUUAAGAAUUUAUUUUUACCUUUUUAAAACUGAAGUUUUUACAGUACGUGCUUACUUAAGAUAUAUAGAACUUCUUAAUGUUUCAGUUUUGAAGUCUUAAUGCAGAUAAUGUAGGACAGACUUGAAAUAUUUACCAAGAAAGGCAAUCCCCUCAAGUAUAUUUAACUUCUAAUGGCAGCAUUUGUUCUAUGAAAUACAAUAUAUAUAUAUCUAUGAAACAUGUUUUAUCUUAUCAUUUUUAGUUUUACUUUCAUUUAUGAAAUUUACAAUUUGUAUAUGUUUUUUUUUACUAAUAUGUAUUUCAAUAUUUUAGACAUUUACAUUUUAAUCUGUGAAGAACAUUGAAACUUUGAAUAUGUUCAUGAGGGUUUGAUAUACAAUCCUUUAACAUACAAAUUCAGUGUUAAGCUUGUUUUAGCAGGCCCUGUGUUUUGCAGUGGUAGAAAUAUUUUAUUUAAGAAUCACUCUCUGAAAUUUAAAGCCAUUUUACAAACAAAAUCAGCUACUGAGUAAUAAGUAAAAUCUACCAAGGACCCUUCUAGUUAGGUUUUUACUAGUGACUCUUUCUCUGUAUGGUAAUCUUUGAGCUCUGUUGGUAUUCUGUUCACAAGUCAGUAACUACUGAUCAUUACCAUACAGAACAUAUUUAUUACCUCAUCAUAUAUUGGAAUUUUUAUACCGAAAAUAUGUAAUUAAAUUUGUCAACUUUACAGUGAGUUUGUGAGAUAAAAACGAAAUAUUAACAUUACCAUGAUUUUUCUAAUAUUUGUGCUGUAGGUUGCCUUUUUCUAUGAAAAUGUGCAUUUUUCUAAUUGUUUUAAUUAUAUAAACUUCUACUGUAUUUCUAUUGGAUCUAAUAAAGCCACAUUUAUCUCCUUUGGAAA